AUGUUGGAUAAAUUACCAGGAGAAGAAAGAAUUUACUUAAGCUCUGACUUGAUUGAUGCUUCUGAUAGAUUCUCGAGAAAUGACCAGGCUCUAACUCCGGAUUUCUUAAACACCAUCAAGGUUUCUGGUCUGCCAAAUCACAGUCUUUGCUUGAAAGUCAGAUGUCCGGUGAUGUUGCUUAGAAACAUUGAUCACACAAACGGACUGAUGAAUGGCACAAGGCUCCAUAUUACAGAGAUGGAUGAUUUACUGGUAAAGGCGAAAGUGAUCACAGGAGAAAAGGUGGGAAGAACUGUGGUCAUUCCUAGACUUUCUAUUACACCUUCUGAUAAGAAAUUGCCAUUCAAGAUGAGGAGGAGGCAGUUGCCUAUUGCAGUUGCAUUUGCUAUUACAAUUAAUAAGAGUCAAGGUCAAUCUCUAUCUCAUGUUGGUUUGUAUCUACCAAGAGAUGUCUUCUCUCAUGGACAACUAUACGUGGCUGUUUCCAGAGUUACAUCAAAAAAGGGAUUGAAGAUUUUGGUUGUUGAUGAUCAAGGAAAGCUUAAGCGUGAGACAAAGAAUGUUGUUUUCAAAGAGAUUUUUCAGAAUCUCUAA